AUCAAUAUGAUAAAGAAUGAGUCCCUCUUGUCGGUUGUUAUUUUCCGCUCAUAUAAACAAUAAAAUCUAGAGACACUGAGAGAUCAAGUAAAGACGAAUCCUUGCUGAUCGUCACUGCUGGUAGCUCCACCGCACCAGUGCACCACCGUCGUCUCACCUCCGUAAGCACCGCCUCUCUCUCCUCUUUAUCCACAUAAUCGUACACCUAUACACAUUCCUCAUUGUAAUAUACCAAUAUUCAUAGAUCUACUCAUUCACACAACAAAAAACAUCUUCACGUUUGCGUGUGCCCUAAUUUUCGUCAUUUUCUCUAAAUUCUAGUGAAUAAAAUCAUCGAGCCAGUUUAAAAGCCCUAAAUCUCUGCAACUGUAACACGAGAUGAAGUACGGACUAGUUUGGAAUCUGUUUACGUGUUUCGCAGUAGCAUUAGUGUUCCUGCAAUGCUACUGUUCGGCUGCUGGAGUCGUUACGUGUUCCGGAAUGGUGCCGAUGGUGUACCGGAGCGAUAAGAUAUCGAUAACUGACUUUGGAGCUGUCGGUGAUGGUGAAACGUUGAAUACGAAAGCGUUUAGAGAGGCGAUUUAUCGGAUCGAGCAUUUGAAGCGGAGAGGAGGCACGCUGCUUUAUGUGCCUCCUGGUGUUUAUGUUACUGAGGCGUUUAAUCUUACUAGUAGGAUGACUUUGUAUCUGGCUAAAGGUGCUGUUAUUAAAGCUACACAGGACACAUCAAACUGGCCUCUAAUUGCUCCAUUGCCUUCUUACGGAAGAGGGAGAGAACGUCCAGGGGGAAGGUACAUGAGCUUCAUCCACGGAGACGGUUUGCAUGAUGUGAUUAUUACUGGUGAAAAUGGGACGAUAGAUGGGCAAGGUGAUGUGUGGUGGAACAUGUGGAGACAGAGAACGUUGCAGUUCACUCGACCAAAUCUUGUUGAGUUUAAGGAUUCUCGAGGCAUCAUCAUUUCUAAUGUCAUCUUCAAGAAUUCACCCUUCUGGAACAUUCAUCCUGUUUACUGCAGCAAUGUUGUUAUUCGGUAUGUCACAAUAUUGGCUCCACCCAGCUCUCCCAACACAGAUGGGAUUGAUCCAGAUUCAAGCUCCCAUGUUUGCAUAGAGGACUCCUACAUUUCCGUCGGAGAUGACCUCGUUGCUGUAAAGAGUGGAUGGGAUCAAUACGGAAUCGCUUACGGGCGUCCCAGUAACGACAUCACAAUCCGACGAAUCACCGGAUCGUCUCCGUUCGCCGGAAUUGCAGUCGGAAGUGAAACUUCCGGUGGGGUAACAAACGUAUUAGCAGAACACAUAACCCUAUCAAACACCGGCAUCGGAAUCCAUCUAAAAACAAACAUCGGUAGAGGUGGAAUCAUAAGAAACAUUACCAUUUCCAACGUUUUCAUGGAAAACGUCCGGAAAGGAAUCAAGAUAGCCGGUGAUGUAGGCGACCACCCUGACGAAAACUACAACCCAAAUGCACUACCGGUUAUGAAACAUAUAAGGAUUAAGAAUGUGUGGGGUGAAAAGGUCCUGCAAGCUGGCUUGAUCAAGGGUUUGAAGAACUCGCCGUUCACAGACAUUUGUCUUGCAAACAUACACCUAUCUGGGUCAAGUGGUUCGAGAAAUGAUCCAUGGACGUGCUCAGAUGUAAGUGGUGGCGCGGUUCAAGUUAGCCCAUCGCCGUGUUCAGAGUUAAUCAGCCGUAGUCAAACCGGUGUGUGCACUAUUCCUUUCUGAAUGUAUCAUAGUGUGUAAUAAUUUCAACUUCAAAUUCUGUAUUAUUGCAAUUAAUAUAUAAUUUAUUUGGUUACAUGGACUUUAA